UACCACAAACUGAACAAGUUCCCAUUUUUGGUCUCUCUCCCUCCCCUGUGGGAGAAAUAGAACUGUGGAGAUGGGGGAGAAACCACCCAUUUUUCGCAACAGCUAUUGGAUUCUAAGGCAUGGAAAGAGCAUCCCCAACGAGCGAGGCCUCAUUGUCUCUUCCUUGGAAAAUGGAACCCGCGCUGAAUUUGGAUUGGCUUCUCAAGGUGUUGAGCAAGCGCGAUUAGCUGCGGAAUUACUUCAGAAGGAGCUCAAGGAAAAGAAUAUUCCACUAGAUAAUGUCCGAAUUUGUUAUUCACCAUUUGCAAGAACUAUUGAUACAGCUAAAGAAGUUGCCAGUGUUUUGGAUAUCUCAUUUGAAAGUCCUAAGUGCAAAGCAAUGACAGAACUCCGUGAACGAUAUUUUGGACCAUCAUUUGAGCUACUUUCCCAUGAUAAGUAUACGGAAAUUUGGGCACUUGAUGAAAAAGAUCCUUUCAUGCCCCCUGAUGGUGGUGAAAGUGUCGCAGAUGUUGCUUCUCGACUUUCAACUGCUCUGGCUUCUAUUGAGGCAAUGUUUCAAGGAACUACUGUUCUCAUAGUAAGCCAUGGUGAUCCUCUUCAAAUUUUGCAAGCAGUGCUCUGCGCCACGAAGGAGGACGUAUCGUCUGGCCAGGAGGACAUUGUCUCUAGAACUAAACAAGUUAUGGUGCAUUCCGUCUUAUCACAACACCGAAGGUUUGCUCUGCUCACCGGAGAGCUGCGCCAAGUCAUAUGACACAUGGUUCUCUACAUCUCUUUGUUAGUUAUUAUUUGAUUGAUAUCCAUAAAAUCACUUGCUUUAUUGAAGCUUAACACUAGGUCAAAAUUAUUGUAACAUUUGAAGUUAUUAGUAGUGUAUUAUUUGAUGAAAAUGUUUAUUCUCCUCAUCUGUUACUUGUGAGAAUCACUAGGUUUCUUUUUCCUUUUCUUUGUCUCCUAUUGAAUUAUUGUACUUAACAUGUCCUGCUCCUCUAAGUGGAAUAAAAAAGUGAAAGGUUCGGUUA